AUGUCAUAUACAGUGAAUGUAUUGAUUGGAUUCAAAACCAAUAUGGGAUCACUUGAGGGUCAUUUGUUACCUGGCACGUUUUUCAUAGUUUUCGGCUUCUGGUGGACAUAUGCUCUGUUUGACCGCUAUUUCAAAGUUCUCGUCGACUCGACUCUCACUAAAAUCCCAAAAGAUUUUGAAUGUACGGCCAGUUAUUCAAGAAUUGAAGGAUUCGUUAAGAUUAUCAGUUCUAUUAUUGGUAUCGUUUGUGAGUAUUGGACGGCUUUGGAUAAGAAUUAUGAAUUUGUUAAUAUUGGCAAUUCACAACACAUGACCAUGUAUAUAUUUUUUCUCAUUAAUGUAUACAAUGGCUAUCCGUUGCCAAAUGGUUCCGAUUACAUGUCUCUAUUUAUAGCGACGGCUGUCGAGACACUUCUCUUCUGUUUCCAUUUGCACGGAAGGACUUCACUGGACAUUCAUGUGCACACUCUCCUCAUCAUCUCAAUCAUCGCAUCAAUGGUUUCAGUUGUCAUUGAAUGGAAGUAUAGGAAUCAUAUGUUGUCUGCAUUCUCGCGGGCCUUAUGUGCUCUAAUGCAGGGAUUUUGGUUUUAUACGGUUGGCUUUAUAUUAUACCCGCCGUUCUCUAGCGGACCAAUAGAGGAGAGCCAUCGAAAACAAAUGCUUAUAACUGCUCUGUUUUGUUGGCAAAUCGCUGUAAUCAUAGCUUUGAUGAAAUUUGUGAUUAUUUUGAGGGCAACCAAAGACACACAAAAGUGA